UGUUGAUUUCGUUCAAAAUGGCGGCCUGUAAUGGGCACUGUGGGGUAAUAUUGUUCGAUUCCCCGCGAUAAAUGAGACCAUGCAGAGUUAACUCGCCUUGGUGUAUGUGCGAGUAUUGAGUCUAGAUUGUAUCCGGAAUGUACACUUUUCUUCGAAUGGUUAAAUCAUGUAAGCGCAAUCAUAGUGCCAGCCGAUCGUGUGUCGUGCAUUGGCUAAGUUUGUGUAGCCAUAUUUAUUGUGUUAUUCGGCAAGACGUUAUAUCUUAUACACCGGCAAAUGUAAUUGGUAAUGAAGACAUAUGGCUUUAUUAUUAAAGGACCUUAGGACAAUAGGACAUGAAAAGACGCUACACUGAGUUCUCUUCAAUUCUUCAAAAACGGCGCACAUUGAUUGUUUCUUUUUCAAACUACAAUUACUUUCUCUCUCUCUUUUUACAAUUUCCAAACGGUGCAAGUCGUGCAAUAUCUUAAAACUUAUUUGUGGUAUCCUUGUUAUCCUUAGCACACAUUGUGUUGUGUGGUGCAUUAAGGAUUUUACGAAAAAAAAAAAGAUGGGGCAACUAUUAUAUCACAUUAUCAGCCCUAAUUAUUGGAUAAAGGUUUAUAAACCAUAUACACAGUGAAAGAGAUUUUAUUAAUUUUUUCUACUUGUAUAUAAGAAAUGGAUAUACAAAAGUUUCAACAAAAAGUUGUGUUAUGAAUAUCAGAAACUAUAUAUAUAACAUUUAUAUAUAUAUAAGAGCCUGUUGUACAUAAACAAGCUAGGCACUAUCGUGCCAAGCUUGGGUAAUGGAUCCUGUUCGUCCAUGGUAUGCAACAUAUAAUCGUCUUGCUGCAAGUAGUGCAAAUAGUACAUUUCAACCAACAACUUCAAGCACAAACAGUGAUUUUGUAUCUCAUCACUUAGCAACAGCUGCUACUCAAGCAGUUCCUUCAACAACAUCACAAUUACUUUUGCAAGCAGCUCAUACAACUGCAACUCUGGCGGGACAACCAUCUCCAUUCAACCCAGGGGGGUUUUUGUCUCCACCCCCUGUGGGAUAUGAUGUUUUUACACCCUUGUUUCAUCAUCCUAAUCCUAAACAAGCACAUUAUGUUACUCAACAUAGGCAAGCUCUUGCUCAAGCACAAGUGUCAGUAACAAAACAAAAUACUACAACAGAAUCUGACAUUCCUGUACUAAGAGAAAAUUAUAGUUCAGCACAUCAGUCAACAUUUUUUGAACAUCAAGGUGCGGCAACAUCGCCUACAACAUCUACAUUGGCUUGGACUCAUCAGAACAAUGCACAAUUACCUAGUCCAUUUGGUAUUCUGCCUCAUGAAAGUGUUGUUCCUUCAUCCCCAGGACCGUCAUCUACUACAAAACCAGCUAGUGGUGUUUAUGAAAAUACGUUUAAUUCUAAUUUUGCUACAACACAAACUAUAAAUAAUUUAAACUCUCAAUUAACUACACCUUCGGUUUCUGCUGCUGAAUUUAAAUCAUCCAAUUUUCCAGAUAGUAAAAAGACAGUAAAUAUAAGGCCUCAAUCACCAACAGUAAGUGUUAAAUCAGUAGUUUCUACAUCACAAACAAACAGCAAUCAAAAUUUUUUUCAACCAGUAUCUACUACAUUCAAUUCUGAAACAUUAGCAAAUAAUUAUUCUACUGGUAAUGGAAAUCAAACUUCAAAUGGGAAAAUACAAUCUUCUCUUCAACAUCACCAAUCAUGUAUUGUUUCAACUACAAAUAAUACAAAUAAUACGACCAAUAAAGAAUAUAGAAUUCCUCAACCACCUGCUAGAUCAAUUGCAUCAACAACUAUAUUUUUAAAUACAUCUAUCAGAUCUGUAUCUUCUCAAAUUCAAGAUAAACAAUCAACUAGAAAUUUCGCUUCGCCUCCCCAUAAAGCAACUUCUACAUCUCAACAAAAUAUUCAAACUAAAGCACAGACAAAAAUAUAUCCAGAAUUAAAUACACACAGCAGUGAACAUAGACGAAACGAACAAACAUCUCAUGAUAAUAGCCAAUCAUCUCCUAUCAGUUUUUCCAUUAUGGAUUCACGUAAUUUGAAUUAUACUACUGGAAAUAAUACAAAUUGUACAAAUACUAGUGGGAAACUUAAUAAUAAUCAAAGAAGUCAAUCAAACAAUAACUUACAAACUCAUUCUCAGCAACCGCAACAACAGCAGCAGCAACAACAAUUUCAUGUUUUAAAUCAACAACAGCAACAACAACAAACAUCAUAUAGACAUUAUCUAACAGGAUCUACAGCUGAUUCUGAAUAUCAUCAUUCAGCAAGAUCAAAAUCUGCAACUUCCACUGAUUCUGCUUAUUCUUCUAACAAUUCUACGCAAAAUGGACCUGAUUGUAGUGUUGUUGUGCCAAGAAGGCCAAGUCCAUUACAAGCACAUUCACAAGCAAGUCCAUUGGGACAUGUUCCAAGUCCUGCUUAUCCUAUGUAUAAUAGUCCAAUGGCUACUAUGUCUUCUCCUUCACCUUUACAACAACAUACGGAAAAUGCAAAUCAAUGUGCAAGUGGAUCAUCAUAUAAAGGAACUGUGCAACAACAAGUUACACCACCAUCACCAUUAGAUGUUACUGUACCACGACCAGCAUCACAAGGUCAAGUUGCUUAUUCAUCAGUCAUUACAAGAGCUUUAGGUACUGCUGAAAAUAAAACCAAUUAUAAUACAGAUAGUAAAACUUAUGACAGACAGCAACAAGAUUUUUCACAAACUCAAAAACAAGUUUGUUGGGAAAAUGAAAAUCGACAGACAAAUAAUAGAAAAUUUUCUAUUACUCUAUAUACUGGUGGAAAUUCUGAAGUAAAUCCUCAAACUUUACCAAUUCAACAACAAGUACAACGAGUGCUUAAUGUAUCUGAUAGACAACAAUCAUAUUUUGAGUCCAGUCAAGUGACCCUACAAGAUUUAAGUAGUUGUAGAGGAGAUCCUAUGAGUAUAGUAAAAAAUUUACAGACUUUACAAGGUUCAUGUCAAGUACAACAACAAACGACUGUUUCUGUUGCUCCAACUGAACAACAGAAACAAAUAGAAGAACGACGUAAAGCAGAUUCAAAUAAAAAAAGAAAAAGUUUAGAAAAAAGUGGACAUAAUUCUUUAAAUGAAAUAAGUGGAACAACAACAAUGACAGAAUAUUUAAAUAGAAUACCACCCCCUGCACAUCAUAAUACAAAUCAGCAGCAACAAAAUGGUUAUUUUGAUUUUGAAAGAUGGAAUUUACCUCCACCUCCUACUAAAAUGUUUCCUACUGCAUCAGGUGCUUUCAGUUCACAAUCAACCUUACAUUCAAAUAAUUUUGUUGGUUCUCCAGCUCAUCAACAUCAAUCUUUAAUGGUACCUCAUCAUCAUGCCCCACCUCCUAUUCCAUAUUUUCCAGCCUUUCAUAUUCCUUCAAGCCAUCAUCAUUCACAUGAAUUUCAAUCUUCUGUUGAAAUUACACCUAUAGGUUUUGGUGAAAAUUCAGCAAAUCAAAAUCCUAAUUAUAAUCAAGAUAUCAGAGAUGAUCAACCUAAAGUAAUUGUUCCUAAUAUUGAAGAAGAGUUAGGUUUCCUACAACAAAAUCAGCAAUUGAUUCAAACUGUUAGCAUCUUAAAUAAAGAUUUCAAACGAUCUAAUAAAGAUCCUAAUUCAGGAUUUAUGACAAGUUAUUUAAAAUUUUUACAAGGUGAAAGAGAACCUUCACCUCCUCCAGCAAUACGUGGUGGGAGAAAAGCAACUUGGAAUAGAUCAAAACCUUAUAUUCCUAUGGAACCUAAAAAAUCUGUAGAAAGUUUAGUAAAUGGAGAAAUAAUGAAAACACAAAUAGAAAAACCACCUCCACCUAAAGAAACACCAGUAAUUGAUUAUACUAAUGAUCCACGAUAUUUUCCUUUACCUAAAGAACGAAAAAAACAGAAUUUUGAUUCAAGUGAUGAUGGUUUUACUAGUGAUGAUGAUUUUCUAUUUCCUCCUAAAAAAUCGGAUAAAAAAGUAACAAAUACAAAUACUUCCAAUAUAAUGGAAGUAACAGUAAAAUCAGAAGGUAAAUCUAAAAAAGGAAGACCAAUAAAACCUGGAGGACCAACAGAUAGAAAAAGAAAAGCUGCAGCAGCAGCUGCUGCAGCAGCAGAAGCAGCAAUGAUUACUACAAUUAAUAAAAUUUCUAAAAAAUAUGAAGAAGUAGAUCCUUUGCUUUUACCUCCAAGACGUGAAACAUCUAGAAGAAAAGCAAAAGAAAAAACCUCAGUAAAACAAUUUUUAGAUCGACAACAGGGUAUAGAUUAUUUUGAUAACGAUGAAGAACAGGGUGAUUCUGAUUCUGAUCCUGCUUGGACACCUGCUGUAAAAUUAGUUGGAGAUGAAGAAGAAAAGAAAAAGAAACGUGGAAGACCUGUUAUUACUAAAAAAAGUAGAAAAAUUUUAGAAGAAGAGGAUUAUUCUCCUAGUGAUGUUGUUGUUUCAAAGAAAUCAAGUAGAAAAAAACAUGAAACACCAUCAAAAACUUCUAAUGUUACUGGAAAGUUAUCUUGUAAAAUAGAUGAGAAACUUUUAGCAUCUAUCAGUGAUGAAGAUAUUGAUAUUUCACCAUUUAAGCAUUUUGUGGAUGAAUUAGAUGAUGUGUCUGGAGAAUUUGUUGUAAUCAAAACAGAUUUAAAUGAAGAAUAUCCUCCUCUUUGGAGAAUAGAUGGUAAAACAUUAUUACAAAAAUAUGAACCAUUUAAAUCUAAUGGCAAAACUUUAUAUCGAAACAUAUCUACGUACUCGGGUUGGGCACCACAAAAUCGACAUAUAUAUCAACAAGUUCCAGUAAAAUUCUUACAACAAGGUAAAGCAGAAACAAUAGUAGAGUUUUUAAGAGAUGAAAUGAUUAUUGAUAAUAAUGAAUGUAUUGAUAAAUCUAUGAAGGAUACUGAAAAAUAUCAAGAUAAUUUUGAAGUAUACAUUCAAACAUUAAUAUCACAAGCUUUGGAUUCUAAUUUUCUAACAGAAAUAUUUCAAGAACAAGAUGAUUAUUUCUUAUCAAAUGUAAAAACUGUGGAUGAAGUAACAGAAGAAAGGAAACAACGGCUUCUAUCUACAACGAAAUGGCGAUCAAAUGUUAUAAAUGCAAUAUCAACUUGGCCAUGUCUUAACGUUCUUAAAGACAUACCAUUUACAGAAUAUAAAGGAAAGUCAUGUGCUGGAUGCCAACAGUUUAAAAUUCAUGCUAGAGUUCUAUUGUAUGGUCAACCAUACAAUGCUACUACAUUAGAAGGUUCUCCACCUGAUCCAAGAAUACCUCAAGAAAAAGAUUUUUUAUUGUGUCGAAUAUGUCAAGCAAAAGUUGCUUUAUAUAAUAAGGUUGCACAUCAGAAAUAUUUAAUGUUUUUGGAAUGUGCAAGAAGAGUUGCAGAUAAGAGAAUAGCAGAUCCUCAUAAAGAUACCACAAUAAUAUUAAAUGAAUUAUUAGCUGAUGAAACAUGGUUAAAUCAAUUAUUUAAAGAAGUUAGAACAAUCUGGGCAGAAAUAGAUAAUUUGGAACAUCAAGCAAAAACAAAAUCAAGUUCAAAAUCAAUAUUUUCUUCUACAGCAAGUAGUGCAGAAGAAAUGAAUGAAAAUGUUUCAAUAAAACAACCAAUUGAAAUGACUGCUAAUAUUUCGGAUUCACAGGUGCCUACACAGAAAACCGAAGAGACUUCUGAAAUAGUGUCUUGCGAUGUGCAAAUGAGCAGUAUACCAUCUUAGUGGUGCUACAAUAAUAGAAAUUGGCUCCAUUUUAUACAAUGCCUGAAGAGCAUUAAAGAUUUAGUGUGUAUUGACUUAAUGGACAUGAAGGAGACCAAACAUUUAAAUAUUGUAUUUUGAUGAUAAAUAUUUAAAUUGAGUUAAUAUAAUAUGCUGUGAAACGAAUGGUGAAGAUAAACGUUAAUGUGUAAUCAAGAAAUUGUAGUUAUAGUGAUAACAAGUAGUGAAUGAUGAGGUAAGUAAAAAGGUGAUUUAAAAAGUGUAUAAAUAUCAGACAUAUGUAUAUAAAAUAUUCAUCUCUACGUUAAAAUUUUAGAAAUGAGCCCAACUUUGCCAUUUUAAUAGCAUGAUAAUAGAGAUUUACGAAUGUUUGUGUGCAUAAAUAUUUAGUUCUAGAUUUGUAUCGUGAUAAUCUAAUGUAAUGAUAAGGUCUGAUAUGUUAAGAUCUGAAAAAAAAUGCGAAAGACAAAUGAUUUUAAAAUAUAAAGUGAUAAAACAUAAAACGUCACAAUCUUUGUAAUAUAUUUAAAAUACAUCAUACUUUCUAUAACUACAAA